AUGGAGCCCAAGUGUUCGGGCAAGGCUACUAAAAAUUCCACCUCGGAAAAGUAUUUUGAUAUUACCCAUGAUUCAGAUGAGGAGGAUUCCUAUGAUUAUGCAACGAAUGAAAAGGAGGAAGCUCUAGCACUGGAAGAAGAAGAAACAUGUGAUAAUCCUAUCUACUUAGUUGACCAAGAUUUAAAUCCCUCUGAGGAUCCCCCUACCUAUGAAAAACUUGCUGGCCGCUCUAAAUCAGCAUCUGAUACCCUCUGUCGCCGGAAGAAAGCUCAGCUUCCUUUUUCCUUGACUUGUUUACGCAACCUCUGUUUAUGCCAUUAA